AUGAAGGACCGAUUGGAACAACUUAAAGCGAAAUCUGAUGUUCCAGAUGAUGUGGAAGUUCCUGUUGAGAAAGAAGCAUUUAUGGAUGAAUUCUUUGCCCAGGCCGAGGACAUCCGCGCCAGUAUUGAUAAGAUAGAUGAGAAUGUGACGGAAAUUAAGAAGCUGUACUCAGUCAUCCUCUCCGCCCCCACGUCAGACCAGAAGACACAAGAUGAUGUGGAGGCCCGUACCAAUGAGAUCAAGAAGAUGGCGAAUAAUGCUCGGAACAAGUUGAAGAGCAUUGAGAAGAGUUUCGACGAAAACCCAGAUGAACGUGUGUCAGCAGACAUGAGGAUCAAAAAGUCUCAGCAUGCCAUCUUGGCCAAAAAGUUUGUGGAAGUAAUGACCAAGUACAAUGAAGCACAGAUGGAGUUCAGAGACAAGAGCAAGGGACGUAUUGCCAGACAACUUGAAAUCACGGGCAAAGCCACCACAGAUGAGGAGCUGGAGGAGAUGCUGGAGGGAGGGAAUGCGGCGGUGUUCACAGCUGGGAUCAUGGCUUCAAACAUCUCCAAGGAGCAGCUGGGUGAGAUAGAGGCGAGACACAAAGACAUCAUGCGUCUGGAGAGCAGUAUCAAGGAGCUGCACGACAUGUUUGUGGACAUUGCUAUGCUGGUGGAGAACCAGGGUACCAUGAUUGAUAGAAUUGAAAGCAACGUAGACCAGUCGGCAGGAUUCGUAGAAAGGGCUGUGGCAGACACCAAGAAAGCAGCAGCAUUUCGACAGGCAGCUCGCAGGAAGCAAUUGAUGAUCACGAUGUGCUUGUCCGUUGUCGGCAUCAUUGUUGCUGCGUAUUUGUACAGCUUGCUCACAUAGGAUUUGAGAGGUGAGGAAAAGCUGCCCCAAGCAAAUGUCUGGAUGGACCAUCAUCUAUGUCACUCCUUAUGUCCUCUUACUUAUUUGUAUUGUAAAAUCCCUUCUUUUUUCAUCUCGCUCUUUCAUCUGUGCCCCAUGCAAGUUAUUCAUGUUUGGUUAAAGGGGUAUGCCACUAUUUUGGGGCUUAAUACAGUU